AAGAUAGGAAAGGAGGGGAAUCGCCAGCCAUUACCGAAUCACAGUCGCGGUACCCUGCUCUUCCGUAUACCGGGUCGGUACAAACGUCUAGGCUGCUGUCUUUUGCAGGCCCGUAAUUGAGAGAGGAGAGGACGGUCAGCCGUCUCUGUUGUGAGGAAGAGGGCUCGUGGAACCACCGCAUCCUCAUCUGUGUCAUCCCACGUUCGGUUCCGGUGGCCACGGCUAUCCGGCCCUCUGGCGACAUGCUGUCCUCGGAUGACGAGAGCCUGAGCGAGCGCUCGUGUGUGAGCGAGCCGUCCUUCCGCAGCGAGCGCUCCGGGUCGUCGUCGCCCUGUCCCGCCGCCUGCGGCGCCCCGCUUCACGGCCCUCCCGGCGACACACUGCCCUGGAAUCUCUCGCGCCACGAGCGCCGCAAGCGCAAGAGCCAGGACUCGGUGCUCGACCCAGCCGAGAGGGCCGUUGUGCGCGUGGCAGAUGAACGAGACCGGGUGCAGAAGAAGACCUUCACUAAAUGGGUCAACAAACACCUGAUAAAGGUUCGUAAGCACAUCACAGACCUGUACGAGGAUCUGAGAGAUGGACACAACCUCAUCUCACUACUGGAGGUGCUGUCAGGAGUCACACUGCCAAGGGAGAAAGGGCGCAUGCGCUUCCACAGGCUUCAGAAUGUGCAGAUCGCCCUGGACUUCCUCAAACAGAGACAGGUCAAGCUAGUGAACAUCCGUAACGAUGACAUCACAGACGGGAACCCCAAACUCACACUGGGCCUCAUCUGGACCAUCAUCCUUCACUUCCAGAUCUCAGAGAUUUAUGUGAGCGGGGAGUCAGCUGACCUGACAGCAAAGGAGAAGCUGUUGCUAUGGAGCCAGCAGGCUACAGAGGGCUACCCCGGCCUCCGCUGCACCAACUUCAGCUCCAGCUGGAACGACGGACGCAUGUUUAAUGCACUGCUGCACAGAUACAGGCCUGACCUGAUCGACAUGGAAGUGGUGGCACGGCAGAGUAGCCGUGACAACCUAGAGCAGGCCUUUGAGAUUGCCGAGUCGCUCGGGGUAACCCGCCUGCUGGAUGCAGAAGAUGUGGACGUGCCUUCUCCAGAUGAGAAGUCCGUCAUCACAUACGUCUCUUCCAUCUACGAUGCCUUCCCCAAGAUCCCAGAGGGAGGAGAUGGCAUCGCCGCACACGACGUGGACCAGCGAUGGGCAGAGUACCAGUCUCGCUUCUCGUCUCUGCUGCAGUGGACACGCCAGCACACCAGCCUCAUGGCCAACAAAAACUUCCCUCAGAACCCUGUCGAGCUCAAGGCACUUUACAAUGAGUACGUCCAUUUCAAAGAGACAGAGAUCCCCAACAAGGAGCUGGAGAAGGGUCACAUUGAGCACCUUUACAAGCUGCUGGAGGUGUGGAUAGAGUUUGGGCGCAUCAAGCUGCCGGCAGGGCUUCACCCUAACGACCUGGAGGAGGCGUGGGGCAAGCUGAUCCUGGAGAUGCUGGAGAGGGAGAAGGCCCUGCGGCCGGCCGUCGACCGGCUCGAGCUCCUGCUGCAGGUCGCCAACAAGAUCCAGAAUGCUGCGCUGGACUGCGAGGAGAAGCUGACACUCGCCAAAAACACGUUACAGGCGGACAUGUCUCAGUUGGAGAGUGGUGGAAACGUGCGCUGCGAGCAGGAGCUGGCCGUCUACCUGCAGGACUGUGAGGCUCUGAUCCGACAGCUGAACGUGGACCUGCAGAUCCUCCGAGACGAGAAGUACUACCAGGUGGAGCAGCUAGCCUUCAGGAUAUCGUGCCUGCAGGAGGAGCUGGUCUCCCUGCGCCUGCAGUGCGCCAGUGUCUACAGGAAAGGACACUUUUCGGCCGGGUUGGUCCCGGGCGAAGCGCCCCUUCAAAGUCGCUCCGGGAGGGACGCCCUCUCAUUGGCCGGUCAAACCUUGCUGGGCGCCGCAGCAGGCGUAGCCAGCCUCCUUCGACGACCAAUGAGCCGCUCUGAGCUGGUGGCGAUGUCAUCAUCAGAGGACGAGGGAAGCCUGAGGUUCAUCUAUGAACUGCUCGGAUGGGUGGAGGAAACACAGGACCUGCUGGAACGGGCAGAGUGGGGUGCAGACUUGCCGUCUGUGGAGCAGCACCUGCAGGACCACCACAGCAUACACACAGCUGUCCAAGAGUUAUUACACAGCCUGAAGGAGGCCAGGAACUAUGAGUCGAGCGUCUCCCCUAAUUUCCGUAGCAGUUACUCAGAGACCUUAGCCAAACUGGAACACCAGUAUUGCAAAUUACUGGAACACUCGUCAUGGCGACUGCGUUGCCUGGAGAGCCUCCGUGCGUUUGUGUCGCGGUGCACAGAGGAGCUGAUCUGGCUGAACGAGAGGGAGGAGGAAGAGAUCUCCUAUGACUGGAGUGAAAACAAUAACAAUAUGGCUGCCAAAAGGGAGCAAUAUGCUGAGACAAGGGCAGAAGUGGAGGAGAAGCAGGAAGUGAUGCGCUCAUUACAGGAAACAGCAGACCAACUCUGUCUGGAGAAUCACCCAGCCAAGCAGACUGUGGAGGCCUACAGUGCUGCCUUACAGACUCAGUGGCAGUGGGUGCGGCAGUUGUGUGUAUGUGUGGAGCAGCACCUGAAAGACAACACAGCCUACUUCCAGUUCAUGGGUGAUGCACGGGACUGUGAGAGUUACCUGCGACAGCUGCAAGACUCCAUUAAGAGGCAGUACACCUGUGACAAGAACAGCAGACUGAGCCGCCUGGAAGACCUGCUGCAGGACUCCAUGGAGGAGAAGGAACAGCUGAUUGAGUACCGCAGCUCAGUGGCCAGCCUGGUGGGCCGGGCCAAGACAGUGGUCCAGCUCCGCCCCCGUGGAUCAGAAGGAACCCUGGGAACAACCACACCCAUCCGAGCCAUCUGUGACUACCGGCAGAUUGAGAUCACCAUUUCAAAGGGAGAGGAGUGUGUGUUGGAGGACAACUCCCAGCGCACUAAGUGGAAGGUCAUCAGCCCCAGUGGAAAUGAAGCCAUGGUACCGUCUGUGUGUUUCACCGUCCCACCACCCAACCAGGAGGCCAUCGAUACUGCGGGCCGUAUGGAGCAGCUGUACCAGAAUGUGAUGUCUCUAUGGCACCAGCUGCAUAUCAACAUGAAGAGCGUGGUCUCCUGGCACUACCUACAGAAGGACAUCAGGAACAUCUCCUCAUGGAAUCUGGACACGGUGCGCUCGCUAUCCUCAGCAGAGCGGCAGCAGCCCUUGGAGAACCUGGACGCUCACCUGGGAGACUUCCUGUCCGACAGCAAGGAGAGCUCGCUUUUCACCCCUGCAGAGAGGCGGGAGCUCGAGAGGGAGGUGGACGACUGCAGGAAACACUGCCAAUCACUGUUUGUCUCUAUGGAGACAGUUGAGAAGGAUGAGUCCAUCUCCCGUUCCUACCUGUCGGAGCUGCAGAGCAUCAAGUCUCACCUGGAGGAGGCGGAGCAGAGACUGAUGCGUGGCAUGCAGACACCGCCCCCUAGCAACUUGAGUGGGGAUGUGGAGGACAACACAGUACAGAUUGCAGAGCAGGAGAAGCUGCAGCAGGAUCUAUCCGGUCUGCGCACCAAUCUGGGUGACGUGUCCCGGAAAUGCGUGAGCUUCUUCGAGGAGAAGCCGUCCUCGUUGUCCGUCCCCAUCCUGCGGUCCGAACUGAACCUGGCCGUGGAGCAGAUCGACCGGCUCCACUCUCUCUCCUCCGUAUAUCUGCAAAAGCUGAAGACGGUGGAUGUGUUGAUGCGUAGCCUGCAGACAGCGGAGUCUCUGGUCAGAAAGCAUGAGAGCCGACUGAGUGAGGAGGACUCUGUACCUGCAGACACACAGGCUAUACAGACACUGAGGGAGCAGCUACAGGGCUGGCAGAGGGAGUUGGCCGAGCAGGAGCCGGUGUUUGAGGCGCUGAGCAGCGAGGUGCAGCAGGCUCGUGAGGCCGGACACCAGCUCAGCCAGCUCCACCCUGACCGCAGCCCUGAGCUGGAGCGCUGCCAGGAGAGAGCCGGUCAGCUGAGCGAGAGGUGGAGCGGGGUCCGCAGACAGAUCGAGACGCGGCAAGUGGAGCUGGAGGCUCUGGGCUCUGCGCUGCAGCAGUACAGGGAGAGCCACUCGUCUCUGAUCCGCUGGAUCGAGGAGACCACAGAGCGGCAGGAGAACACGCACCCUGGACAGACAGACAGCAAGGCCCUGUCCGAGCAGCUUGCCCAGCAGACGGCACUGGUGGCUGAGAUUGAAAGGAACCAGACCAAACUGGAUGAGUGUCAGACACAUUCUAAACAAUAUUGCACAGCUGUCAAGGACUAUGAGCUGCAGCUGAUGACCUUCAGAGCGUUUGUGGAGUCGACCCAGAAGACCCCAGUGAAGAGGAGGAGGAUGCACUCUUCGUCAGACACCAUUACACAGGAGUUCAUGGACCUCCGCACACGCUACACAGCCCUGGUUACCUUGACAACACAGCAUGUGAAGUACAUCAGUGAUGCCCUGAGGAGACUGGAGGAGGAAGAGAAAGAGGUGGAGGAGGAGCGCCAGGCCCGGGUGGGACAGGUGUCUGAGCUGCUGGGUUGGGUCAAAGGCAUCCAGGAACGAGCCCGAGUCGUCGAAAGGUCACAUGACCAGGACCCUAAAUCAUCACUGGCAGCACAGCAGGGCAUCAAUGAGCAGCUCGCUGCCAAGAAAGAGGAGGUCGCUGAGGCCAUCCGGAACACUGAGGUGUUCCUGCUGUCUAAACAGGCCAGCAUGUUGUCUCCAGAGGAGCGUGCUCAGGUGAAUGCCCAACUGGAGGAGCUCACCUCCACCUACAACCAGCUGUGCGACAGCUCCGCCCAGCAGGUGCAGCAGUUGGAGGAAACGCUGGCCAAGGAGGAGCAGCGCAAGGGGCAGGCCGCUGUGGGCGGAGUGAUUGACCUGGCCACAGUGGAGACCUUUCCUGUGUUCCAGGCAGCUCAGAGGGGACUCAUCGACCAGGACACCUGCCUCAUUCUGCUGGAGGCCCAAGUCAUCACGGGGGGGCUGCUGCAGCCCAACUCCCCGGUUGGCCUAUCACUAGAUGAAGCCCAGGCUUGUGGAUUAAUUGACAGCCACACCAGCCAAUCACUGUCUGAGCUAGAGGCUGCACUGAACAUGAUUGACCAAACUCGGCCCAGUCUAGGUACAUUGGUCCCAGUUGCUGCAGCAAUAGAGGAGGGGCUGAUCAGGGAGGAAGUAGGAGUGCGUAUCCUGCAUCUGCAAGUGGGAACAGGCGGAGUGAGGGCAUCCUCUCAGGAGGAAGGUCAUAACCUUACAGAUGCCAUGGAGAAAGGCCUGCUGUCCCAGCGCAUCUACAACAAGCUGUGCUGCUGUGUCAACCGGCGGCAGCUGAUUGACCCAAACACUGCAGAGAAGCAAAGCCUACAAGAGCUGCUGAAACGUUGUGUGCCUGACCCUGAGACUGGGCUGCUCCUUCUGCCUGUCAACCAACAGCCUGGAGGCAAAGUCUGUCUGCGCUCUGGCAGAAAAGUUGGCAUCUUUAGGGCGGUACAGGAGGGCCUCAUAGAUCGCCAAGUGACCAUACGGUUGUUGGAGGCUCAGCUGUUUGCAGGAGGCAUUACAGACCCACGUUCUGGUCACCGGCUCACUGUAGACGAGGCUGUGAGGCUCGGCCUUAUGGACCAUGAUCUUGCUUGUGCCCUACUCACCCGUCAGCUUCAAGCUGGAGGGAUCCUUGAUCCAGCAAGUGGGAGGCGUCUGGAGUUGGAUGAUGCCCUUCAGAAUGAGCUGCUGUCUCCCCGCAUGGCCCUGCGUGUCCUAGAGGCGCUUGCAAACUAUACAGGGAUGCUGUGGCCAAAGUCAGGUGAGCUGCUCCCGAUCACAGAGGCUUUGCAACAGGGCAUAGUCCCAGGGGAUCUUGCAAGGCAAAUUCUGAGUCAACGACACGCUGUUGGUGCUCUGUACCUUCCUGAGAGCAGCCAGGUCAUCCCUCUGGAAAAAGCCACUGAGGUACUAGAGCCAAAUGUGGUGGACACACUGAUGCAGGUGGACAUUCCAGAUGUGCUGCCUGGUAUGGACCAAUCAGGUUCAGGACUGAAUCGACUCAGCUGGAGCUCCACCCCCUCUUCUUCCCCUCCACCAUCUUCUCCUCCAGGGCUCUCCACCAGCACCCAGGAGGCAGCACCUGAGGAGCAGGCUCAGCAUCAGCUCAUGGCCCACUUAAGGAAGCACAGUUACAUAGAUGCUCACUCAGGCCAGCGCCUGGUCCUUCUCGAACCCGACCUGGUGGAAUUGGCCUGUGCUGCUGAACAGAGCAAAGCUGAUGCACAAGUCGAUGUGUCAAUGAAACAUGCACCCGAUGUAUGUAUGAGUGAUGAGACUGAGAAGACAGGAGAGGUUCAGAAAGAACAAAUGACAUUGAGACAUGGUGGUGAAAAAUAUGGUGAUGAAAUGCCAGAUCUAAUAACAAGUGAUGUUGAAGGAGAGGGAAACAAGUUCUCAACCCCAGAAGAUGUUGAAGGUAUUAACAUGAGAGAUGCAAAAGUGCAGGCUGUGGAGCAGGUUCUUACUGAGCCUGUUAAAGGAAGUGAGACUGAUGGAGUCAGAAGGCUAGAGGUAGAAGGUAGGGAUGUGCAUGCUGUGGUGGACUCUGAGGCAGGACAGGAAGAAACAGAUAUGGAAUGGACUGAAACUGUGGUUUCUUACACAGCAAAACCUAUAGAGACAGCUUGGCCUGACCAGUCUUUGUCUGAUAAGCAGAGUGAGGCGGAACUAGAACCAUCCACAGAUACAGCACAAGAGGAGGGUGCUGAAAAUAAAGGAAGAAGUGAGGUUGACCAAACAAAGCCAGUAGAGACUGCUGUACAACCCAAACGGGAAAGAAAACAGCGAGACUGUGAGGGAGCUGCAGCAAAAAAUGUGACUGCGGAACAAAGUAAAGAAAACUCAGAAAUAGAGCAAAUGGCAAUCGAGCUGCAGCAAGGUGGUCUGUUGACUGAGUCUGGCAAUAGGCUACUCUUAGAUGAAGCAGUUGCUCAGGGAGUUCUCCCAGCACACACAGCUGUUAAGCUCAUGGCUAAAGCGGGGCUCUUUGGGGGCUUCCUGGAUGUUACUGCCUAUGAGAGUCUCAGUGUGGAUGAUGUUGUACAAGAGGGCCUGAUGGAUGAGAGCCUUCUGUCCAGUGUUCUGAAAUCAGAGAAGACUCUUGCUGGAGUGGUGGAUGCGGAGCGUGGGCGUCUCUGCACCCUCCGAGAGGCUGCCCAGAAAGGCCUUGUAGAUGAGAACACAGCCACUCGGCUUCUAGAGGCACAGGUUGUGUCAGGUGGAGUGGUUGACCUCCGUAGAGACAAGAAGGUGUCUGUGACUCUUGCAGCCAAUCUAGGCUUGAUUGAAGAUGGCCAGAAGGAGGAGCUACUGGCUUUGGAGAAGGCAUGUCGUGGAAAAGCCUCAGACCCCAGUACAUCACUCACCAAGACAGUAUUACAACUUCAAAUGGAUGGGGUGGUUGAUCCAAAAACCAGAGAGGUAGUGCCCCUGAAGGAAGCUCUACAGAAAGGUCUGAUCACUGGAGAUGAUGCACAACAAGCCCUGUCCCAGCAAGUGGCAGAAGGGGGCCUGGUACACCAUGGAUCUGGCAUGAGACUGCCUGUAGAUGUUGCUAUGCAGCAGGGUCUGGUGACUGAUGAGAUGGCUCAGAACCUGGAGAAGGUUGAGAAAGCACGACAAGGAGAGGAGCCAUUUGUUUCCGCAUCUGAUGCUGCUCUUUUCCAGGCAAGCACUGGUUCAGUUUUUGAUCCAGUCUCAGGAUCUAGACUAACAUUAACUGAAGCCGUUGCUCGGGACCUCUUGGAUGACAACAUUGCAAACACAGCCAUGACUUCACCAGGGGUGAAUAGUGGGGUUAUGGACCCGCACAGUGCUCGAAUCAUACCAUACUUAGAACUCGUGAAUCAGGCCAAGAUAGACAUUGAGACUGGAAGACGGUUCCUAGAGGUGAGACCCUUUCAAGGGAUACUUGAUGAAAAUACUGGUGACUUACUGACCUUACCCCAGGCAGUAGAAUCACACCAUGUUGACCCAGCCCCAGCAUUUAGGAUGCUGCAGAGUCAGGCAGAUACAGGUGGGAUCAUUGAUAUCUGUAGUGGAGAACGUCUGCCCCUACCUGAAGCUGUCAAUAGAGGCCUUAUUGCAGAAGACAUGGCCAAGCAAAUCGCUGCCAACCAAGUCCUUAAAGGGGGCCUCAUAGACCUGGUGAGUGGAGAGAGAAUUUAUAAUCUAAAGGAGGCAAUACAGGAUGGUUUAAUUUCCAGAGACAUGGCAGAAGCCAUUCAGGACAACUUGAGUUCCACUGAUGAGGAUGAAUAUGUUGAGGAGGAGAGUUCAGGGACACUGGUCUCAUCCACAAAUGGUUCCUGUAGUCCAUUGUUCACACCAACAGAUUCCAACCAAGAUAAACAGAUAAAGAAACCAGAUGAUGCCAGCACUGUUUCACUCUCAGUGCAUUCUACUCAGAUGGGGACAGCUGAGCCUGUCUUGAUAUCCAAGGAUAAUGUUGACCCAUCACUAUCAGAUGAAAUUAAGCCAACACAGGUUUAUGAACGUUCCCUGUCACAAGACCUUGAGGGACAAAUCCAUGAAGAGUUUGACUCUUUGGAGGAAGGAAAGGUUAUUGAAUCUGAUGUCUCAGUAGAAAUGUUGACACAGUUUGCAUUGAAUGCAGAGAAGAGGAUUCAGCAGGCUCUACUUGAAAUACAGCCACCACAAAGCUUGAAACCUGACCUUCCCACAGAACUCACUGGGCAAGAGGCUGUACUUGAACUUCAGCCUCCACAAAGCUUUGAAACUGACCUACCCUCAACAAGCCAUGAGCAGAACAUUAAGAUCAUAGAAGACAUUAAAACUGAUGUAGAGCCCUCAGCUAUGUAUUUACUCCCUACACAUGAGCCUACACACAUAGCAGAGGUUAGGAAUCAGCUUGAUGUGGACUCCAGCAGUCAGAUAGAGUCCACUGAUAUACAGAGUGAGUCCAAUGUCAUUAGUGAGUCUAGUGUCGUUAGUGAGACCAGAGAAAUUUUAGACACAGUUGUAAGAGAAGACAUUUCAACCUCUGAAGAAAAAUUAAAGCCAUAUUCUGUAACAGCGAAGAAUGACCAGGCCUUUGAAAAAGCUGAUGACAUCUCUAUCACUAGUGAUCAAGAAGACAAAACAGAAGGUGUGAAGCCCUCCAGCACAGAAGGAGACAUCACUGUUGAAAAAACUGAUGUAAAACUUCCAUCAGCAUUUGAUAUUGGUUCAGUUGAAAUUAGUGUGACACAAUCUUGUGAAGAAAGUCAGGAACUCAAAGCGGAAGAAAUAGAACAUCCUGUUCCGAGUAUGGAAAAGCUUGAUGCUUCAACAACAUCAAAGGGUUUGACUCAUGGGGUUGAGAGAGGAUUUGAUCAGCAAACACAGUUCAAAGAAGAUUCUCCUAAGGAGAAAACUGAAGAUAUGGGAAGACAAAAAGUGGGUGAGAUCACUCUGGAGCAAACAAAAAAGAAGAAGAAAAAGAAAGCUGAGGCAAUUGGAGGUUCUGUUGUCAGUACUGAAAAGCUUGAUGGUUCUGCAGUAACAAUGGUGGAAACGUCACUAAAGGAUGUCGCUCAAGGGGCUGAGAGACCAUUUGAUCAGCAACCACAAACCACAAAAGAUGCUCCAGAGGACAAAGCUGGAAAUGUGGAAAGUAAAAAAGUGUGUGAGAUAGCUGAAGAGCAAGUUUUUGGAGCACAAUCAGAAAAGAAAAAGAAGAAGAAAAAGAAACUUGAGGCAAUUGGAGGUUCUGUUGCGAGUUUGGAAAAGCUGGGUGGUUCUGCGGCAACAGUGGUGGAAAUGGCAACAAAGGGUUUAGCACAAGGUGCUGAGAGCCCAUUCGAUCAGCAACCCCUAACCACAAAGGAUGCUCCCAUAGACAAAACUAAAAAUGUUGAGAGAGAAAAAGUGAGUGAGAUCAUUGAAGACAAAACUGAAGAUGUGGAAAGAGGAAAGUUGGUUGAGAUCACUGAGCAAGUUAUUGGUGGACAGGCAGAAAAGAAAAAGAAAGCCAAGGAAAUUGAACAUGCUGUUGUGAGUUUGGAGAAGCUUGAUGGUACUGCAGCAACAGUGAUCGAAACGACGACAACAACAAAAGGUUUAGCUCAAGGGGCUGAGAGUCCAUUUGAUCAGCAACCACAAACCACAAAAGAUGCUCCUAAGGACAAAGCUGAAGAUGUGGAAAGAGAAAAGGUGGAUGAGAUCACUGAAGAGCAAGUUGUUGAUGGUCAGACAGAAAAGAAAAAGAAGAAGAAAAAGAAGGGAAAGAAAGGAAAGCAGCAAAUGGUAGAGGAAACAGAAGAGAAAGGAGUGCAUGACGGUAAAGAAAAAGAAAGCACAGAUGUUACAAAGUCAACUCCAGCACCUCAUGAGAAAGAAGCUUUACUCAUGAAAGCUAAGGAGAGUCUCCUGAGGAAGGUGCAUGAACGAGGAGUCAGUGACAAGCAGGUGGGAGAGGAGCUAGAAGCUUUGCGUCAGGGUGUUUCAAAGAAGGAGCAUCAUUUGGAAGAAUCUAAGACUGAAAAGAAACCAUCAGUGUCUCCAUCAAAGGAGAGCGAUACCAGAGAGAUAGAUCAGCUGGAAGGAAAGAUUAAGGAGAGCAGUGAUCUUCCGCAAGAUUCCCAGACUCAGUUUGCAACUGUAGUAGAGUCACAUGACCAAGAGAAAAGUGAUGUAACUGAUGUCAAGAAGAAAUCCGAGGUAGCCAGUGCUUUAGGUGACAGUCUGGUCACAGCCUCCUCUGAGUUCCCUAAGGUUGAGACAGAGGAUCACUCUACAGAAGAUCAGCAUAGAGACAGCAGUGGAGCAGGGCUCAAUAUUAGUGCUGUUCAGAGGGUUUUUUCUCCUGAAGCUGAAGUCAUGGAGACUAAGCACAUGGAACAGUUUGUGGAACAAAUUAUCUCGGAACCUGAUAGGCAACCAAAAGAGCUGACUACUCCCAGAGUUGAUACAGAUCUCAUCUUCAAGGAUACUCAGGAUAUAUGCUAUGAAGGCUCCAAGGAUGCUCUUGAAAAAGACACCCAGGAACUCCCUCAUUCUCUAGUCCAACAAGUCAAAGAGCAACCAGUGUCUAUUGAACCACUUCUAGAGAUUAGUACAGAUGAACAGGCAACUCCCUCUAAGGUCCCAGGCAGUCAAAGCACAAAACUUCUGCCUAGCAAACCAGAGGUGGAGAAGGUGGGAAUUCAAACCAUGACUGGCAGCAGCAUUGACACCAAAGAGGAAGUUCAUGGUCUGGAGUCUCCAGAAGAGUCUGGAUCUUCAGUGUCAGAGGAGAUUCUGGAGCCAGACACCACUGAAAAUUGGGAGGAAGAAGAGAGAGAGGCCAAAGAAAAGAGUCGAGAGAAGGAAGCAGCUGAGAUGUUGAAAAAGAAGAGCACUGCAAAGACGAGGAAGUCCUCUCUGGCUCGUCAGGAGUGCCUUGAGCAUGACCAACAGAUUGUGGCCCUGCUCUCCAUGGUGAGACACAUUGAGGUUCGCCUCAAACAGCAGCAACAGCAAGCAGUGGGUCGCAGUCUCGUCGCUCUGAAUGACAUCAUCAAACAGACAGAGGCCCUGGCUCUGGAGCUGACUGAUUUGGAGCCUGAGGUUAAGAAGGAGGUGGAUGCUGCUCAGAAUCUGCUUGAGUCCUGUUCAGAGGAAGUCCCUCCUCAGCUGACGAAGGCUUUGGAAAAGGAUGGGCGGAGCCUAGCUCGCUCUUAUGAAGCUGCAAAAGAGCUAUCACGGAAUUCUUUGCAAGGCCUGAAAGAUCACCAUGAUUCACAAAAGGAGACUGUGAGGGCAGAGCUUCAGUCUCUUGGGCAGCGUGUGGAGGGACUCCUCUCCUGGCUCAGUGACACAGAGGUACAGAUGGGAGAGACUGAGGGACUGACCAGGAAAGACAGUAGCCCUGAACACCUCACACAAAGGCUGCAGCUCUGCAAGGAACUGCAGGAUCUGCUCAGUGCCCGCUCCAGUGAUGUGAGCUCAGUGGGGCUGGACAUCCAGGAGUUCAUCUCGGAACAUGCUCAGGACCUGCAGCCAGAGCAGAGCAGGCACCUGCUGGGGCAGCUGCAGCAGCUUCAGGGGGCCUUCCACCAGGCUGCUGGCCGUACACACGCCCGAGCCGAGGCCCUCUCCGCCCAAAGAGCGAGGGAACAGGAGAGAGAACGGCAGGAGAAGAAGAAAGAGCAGGAGGAGAAGAAGAGAGCGACAGAGAGCAGCAGGGAGAGAGAGGUGGUCCAGCAGCAGAAGGCGGAAUGUUCCCAGAAGUUAGAAGGCCUGUCCAUGUGGUUGGCUGGAGCAGCCAGCCUAUUGGCCAGUCAGAAGAAGGUUGGAGCAGAGUCUGGAGAUGUGAAUGAGCUGCAGCAGAGACAGAAGGAAUUGAAGGAUGUGCAGAAAGACCUUAAGACCAAAGGAGAGUCUGUGAUGGAGGCCAUUCGCUCAGUGGAGGAGUUCCUGGCUGAGCGUGGGGACAGCCUGAGCCCAGAGGAGCGUGCCAACCUGCAGGGGGCGCUAGCCCGCAUGAAGGAGCAGUACCACUCACUGACCGACACCACCCACUCAUCGCUGGCCCAGCUGGACACGGCCAUCAGCACCACGGUCCAGCAGAACACACAGAGAGCAAAGGCAGUAGAGGACUUGCAGGAAACUCAGGGGAAAAUUAACUCGCUGCUGGAGGAGCUGUCCUCAUUGGAUCAGCCUGACCGGAGGCGAUCACUCGGAGAAAUGAUCGUCGAUUCUGCAUCCUCCCCUCCAUCACAGGGCAGCCUGCAAUCUCACAGUGGCAUGCUACAGGCGGAGCUGCAGCAGCUUCAGGAGCAGCAGGCGCACCUGCUGCAGGUGUCGCAGUCGGCACGUGAGCUGCUGGCCCAGCCGGACUCCGCCGUGCCCCCGGAGGAGAAGCAGCGUCUCCGCUCCCAGCUGGACCAACUGCAGAGCGAGCACCAGGAGCGGCUACAGCGCUGCCAGGACCAGCUGCGCCGUGCCGACGCCCUGCAGGACGAGCACGCCAAGUUCCUGCAGGAGCACGGAGACCUGGCCGCCUGGCUGGAACUGAGCGAGGGUCAGCUCCGCUCCCUGGGGGAAGGAGAAACCAACGCACAAGGGCUUAAGGAAAGACUAGAAGAGCACAAAAAGUUGGCGGAGGACGUGAUCUGUCACAAAGCAGACCUGCGCUUCGUGUCCAUCUCAGGUCAGAAGGUCCUGGACUCAGUCCAAGGGGCUCUGGAGAGGGUUGGUGGGGAGGACCCAGCUCUAGAAGAGACCAAACAAAUAGUCAGCGAUCGGCUCCAGGAUGCCACACAGCGUUACAGUGCACUACACAGCAAGUCCUCUGACCUGGGCUCCCGUCUGAGUGGACUCCUUGACCGGUACCAGCAGUACCAGGACAAUGCAGGUUCACUUGAGACAUGGUUGACAGCACAGGAGAAGACCCAGAGCAGCCUGAAGCUCAGUGGAGAAAACACAGACACACAGGCUCUACAGAAUUCACUACGUGCUAUACAGCUGUUACAGGACGAGCUGGCGGAACGCUCCCUGCAGCUGGAGAGGGUGAAGAGGGCAGGCCACGAUCUGACCAGUACUCAGGAGACGCCCACCCUCAAGGCAGCGGACGUCCUCAGCACCACAGAGCGUCUGGAGGGUCGUUUUGGCUCUCUGUCGGAGUUGGCGUCGGCCCGUGCAGAGCAACUCCAGACCGCCGUGGCCCAGUCGGUCAGCGUUCAGGAGGGUCUGAGGACGCUGCUCUCCUGGUUGAAUGGGCUUGCAUUGGCUCCAGGUCCAGUUCAGCCCACGGUCAAAGCCGUGCAAGAGGCACUCACUCAGAACCAGAAACUGCGUCAGGAGCUGCUGUCCCACCAGGGCAGUGUAGAUUCGACGCGCGACUCCGUGUCCCGACUCCUUCAGACAUCAGAUGCCACGGCGGCCUCCAGCCUCCAGGGGGAGCUGCAGGAGCUGAGCCAGCGCUACAGCUCGGCCCAGUCCCAGCAGAUGGAGCGGGAGGUGGAGCUCCGUGAGCUCCUGCCCAAGUUGGAGAGCUUCGAGCGCCUCAAUGGCGACCUGCGCAGCUUCGCCCAGAACCACCAGAGGGCGCUCAGCCCCGCAGGACAGCCAGACCGCAGUGUGGAGGAUUACAGACAGACCAUAGAGGGCAUAAGAUCGGACCUUACACAGGAGGCCGGCCAGCUGAAGUCAUUUGUGGAUCUGGGGAAAGACCUCAGCCAGUCGGCUACCCUCACAAACACACAAAGCCUUUUAGACGCAACCAAAGAGGUGGCUGAUGAGUUCACCCUGCUGGAGGCCAAUGUCAAUGACCGGUUCAACGCUCUGCAGAACUGUGAACAGCAGCUGGCCCAGUUCCGUUCGCUCUCCGGCUCCCUCCUCAGGUGGCUGCAGGCAUCGCAGGAGCAGCUGCCUGCCAAAGAGCCCAGCCUCAACACUGAGGCGCUGCAGAGGAGAGCACAGCAGCUGGAGGAGCUGUGUGACCAGUGGAAGGCCCAGGGUGGGCGUGUGCAGGAGCUGAGUGGCAGCAGUGCCGAGCUGGAGAGCCUCAUCAUCAGCAUCACCACCCCCCACGGCAAGACCGGUGUGCCACAGGUUAAUGGUGCCAGCAGCCCCAGCAGUGUCAAUGGCAUACACACCUGUAAAGACCUGACCGAGAUCCAAGUCUCCGUGGCAGACGUGACCAGUCGCUAUGAGCAGCUGGGGACGGAGCUGACCCAGAGGCGCGACUCGCAGCGGGCGUCGCUGGAGCUGCGCGAGCGGGCACGUGCGGGGGCGGAGACUCUCUCCCAUUGGCUGAGCGAACGUGAGCAGAGCCUGGCUGUCAGGCAGGCUGCCUCCCCAUCACGGCCGGAGGUGGUGCGGGUCCAGGCGCAGGAGAACAAGGCAUUGCUAUCAGAGCUGGCAGAGCAGUCUGGGAAGGUGGAGGAGCUGAAGGGCACUUUGAAGAAGCUGAUCUCCGAGAACCCAGACUCCCCUGAGGUAGAGACCUGGAAGCAGCAGCUCAGGGACAUUGACUCGCGCUGGGAGAAGGCCAAUCAGACGGCAGCUCAGAGGCAGGCAGAGCUGGAGACGUGUGCUGAUAGGCUGGGCAGUUUUGCGUCGGCAGCCAGUCAACUCGGCCCAUGGCUCAAGGAGAAGGAGCUGAUGAUGAGUGUCUUAGGACCACUGAGCAUCGACCCCAACAUGCUCAACACACAGAAGCAGCAAGUGCAGUUCAUGCUGCGAGAGUUCGAGACACGCAAGCCGCAGUUCCAGCAGCUGACGCAGGCCGCCGAUGGCAUCCUCUCCCCGGCCGAGGCUCCUCAGCAGGACUCCUCGGAGCUGGCGGAGGUGCGUGCCGAGCUGGACGACAUCUCGCAGCAGUGGGAGGGCCUGACGUCGCGGCUGGCCAAGCGCUCGCAGCAGAUUGAGAGCGCCCAGGGCACCAGCGAGCGGCUACAGGGCCUGCUGAAGGAGCUCGGGGAGCGCGUGGGGACGCUGGCCGAGAGGCUGGACGUGCAGGGCUCGCUGAGCGCCCAGCCCGAGGCGCUGCGUCGACGGCUGCAGGAGACGGGCGAGGUGCGCGCCGAGUUGGAGCAGCGGCGCGGUCAGAUGGCCGAGGCCCAGAAGCUGUGCGACGAGCUGAGCGGCAUCGUGGCCGAACCCUACCUCCGCGACGAGCUCCAGAAGAGACUGGGGAGUGUCAGUGGGCCCCUCAGGAAUCUGGAGGAGAGAGCUGCGGAUGGCCUAUCACAGCUGCAAGCUGCUCUCUCCAGCACGCAGCAGUUCCAGCAGAUGUUUGACGAGCUGCGCAGCUGGCUGGACAAGAACGAGGGGGUCACGCAGACGGGCGCAGACGCCCUGCCGUGCCGUCCGGCGGCGCUGCGAGAGCUGCUGUCCCAGCACGAGGAGCUCCAGCGAGGCGUGGCCCAGCAGAGGGGUCACUACGAGCUCAUCCAGGCCGAGGGGGCCACCCUGCUGGCCUCACUGCCCCCUGGUGGUGAGGAGCGGGCAGCGCUGCAGGCCAGACUGACCACACUGAGACAAGACUGGGACAGGAUGAACCAGCUGCUGAACGAGCGACAGGCCCGGCUGAAGGAGACACUGGCCCGGGCCGACCAGUACCAGCAGCAGCGGAGCGACCUGGAGCCGUGGCUGGCCGAGAGUGAGAGGCGCGAGGCGGAGGUGCGGCCGGCGCUGGACGCGGUGUCCUUGGACGAGGCCCUGCAGGCGGUGCGGCAGCUCGGGCUGGACCUGGACCGCCGCCGGCCACAACUCGACACGCUGAACACCGCCGCCGACCAGCUGCUGGAGCUGAGCCGCGCCGGCGAGGAGGAGGUGCGCGACGAGAAGGCCGCGCUCAACCGCCGCGCCGACGGCCUGUCCGAGCGCGUCCAGGGCCGCUCCGCCCAGCUGGAGGAGCUGACCGGGCGGCUGCGGGAGUUCGAGGACGGCCGGCAGGCGGUGGAGCGGCGGCUGGAAGCCGCACGGCACCAGAUCGAAGUCCAGGAGGCGCUGGGGCCGCAGGCGUGCAGCCAGAAGAGCCUGGAGCGUCUGCGCAGCCAGCAGGAGGCGCUGCACUCGCUGGCCUCACAAGUGUCCUACCUGAAGGACCUGGCCCACGGCCUGGUGCAGGACGCUCCGCAGACCACAGGGGCUGCCGUCGCCGAGGGAGCCCAGAGACUACAGCAGCAGGCCCAGGACACAGAGAGAGAGUUUGGAGACGUCAACGAGAAGCUUGAACAGUGCUGUUCGUCUCUGGAGUCACGUCUUCAUGGCGUGGGUGAGGUGCAGUCGCGCGUGCGCGACGUCUUCUCCCGCCUGGCCGACCUGGACGACGAGCUGGACGGCCUGAGCCCGGUGGGGCGCGAUGCCGACUCGCUGGCCUCGCAGGCGGAGGCGGUGCGGGGCUUCCUGGGGCGCGUGGCGGCGCUCCGCGGCGACCUGGAGGGUCACGGCGGCGACUGCACGGCCAUGCUGCGGCGCGAGGGCAGCUCGCCCGAUCUGCUGGCGCUCCGCCGCGAGACCGAGGCGCUCAGCCGCCAGGCCGGCAAGCUGGCCGAGAGGGGACAGGCGCGCCUCGGGCAGAUCGAGGGUGCCAGCGAGCGCGUGCACGACUUCUAUGAUCACGUGGGCAAGCUGCAAGGCUUGCUGGGACAUGCAGAGGACAGCUUGGCAGCGCAGGGUGCCGUGGGAACAGAGGUGGAGGUCAUCAAGCAGCAGCUGCAGGACUUCAAGGCUCUGGAACGGGAGCAGGUGGACAGCAUCCAGCCCAAGCUCCAGCAUGUGAAUGCGGUCGGCCAGGGUCUUAUUCAGAGCGCAGCCAAACACACUGACACGCAGGCGCUAGAGCAUGACCUGGAGACGACAAACCUGCGCUGGAACUCACUCAACAAAAGGGUGGCUGAACGCAUUGCCCAGCUCCAAGAAGCACUAUUGCAUUGUGGGAAGUUCCAGGAUGCACUUGAGCCUCUGCUGAGCUGGCUCAGUGACACGGAAGAGCUCAUAGCCAAUCAGAAGCCUCCAUCAGCGGAGUACAGGGUGGUCAAGGCACAGAUCCAGGAGCAGAAACUCCUGCAGCGUCUCCUUGACGACCGGCGGGGCACUGUGGAGAUGAUCCGGGCAGAGGGAGCGCGCAUUGCCGUUACCGCGGAGACGCAGGACCGAGACAAGAUCCAGAAACAGCUGGAGAGUCUGGGCCAGAGGUGGUGUGACCUGCUGGAGAAGGCCAGCGCCAGGCAAAGGCAGCUGGAGGAGUUGCAGGUGCUGGCUCUGCAGUUCCACGAGGCAGUGGAACCUCUCGGGGAGUGGCUUAGUGCCACAGAGAGGCGCCUCACCACAGCCGAACCAAUGGGAACCCAGACCUCCAAAAUCACCCAGCAGAUCGCUCGGCACAAGGCCCUCAAAGAGGAAAUUACAUCACGGGGGGUGGAGGUUCAACACCUGGAGUCUGUGGGCCAAUCACUGACCCCACUGAGCAGCCCCGCAGACUGCGAUUGGCUGCGGGAACGUGUGGGGGCGGUGCGCACUGGGCACAGUGAGCUACUCGAUCGGUGUUUGCGGCGAGAAGCCAUGCUGGACCAGGCGCUGGCUAACGCCCAGCUGUUUGGCGAGGACGAGGUUGAGGUGCUGAACUGGCUGGCUGAGGUGGCCCAGAGGCUGGCCGAGGUGUCAGUCCAGAGCUACCUGCCUGACCAGCUAGCCCAGCACCACAAACACACACUGUCCCUGAAUGAGGAGAUCGUCAGUAGAAAGAAGACUGUUGACCAAGCCAUUAAGAAUGGACAGGCCCUACUGAAGCAGACUACAGGCGAGGAGGUGCUGUUGAUUCAGGAGAAGCUGGACGGCAUCAAGAGCCGCUACGCUGAGAUGACCGCCGGGAGCAGCAAGGCCCUCCGCACACUCGAGCAGGCUCUGCAGCUUGCCACGCGGUUCGCCAGCGCCCACGAGGACAUCAGCCAGUGGCUGGACUCCGUGGAGACAGAGCUCAACAACAUGGAGCCAGACAACACGCCAGCCUAUCAGGACAGACAGAAGGAGCUGAAGUGCGUGGGCGCAGAGAAGCGUCUGGUUCUGGACACGGUGAACGAGGUUGGCAGCGCCCUGCUGGACCUGGUGCCAUGGAGGGCCCGGGAGGGGCUCGACCGCCUGGUGGCCGACGCUAACCAGCGCUACCGCCAGGCUGACGAGACCAUCGCCCAGAGAGUGCAGCAGGUUCAAGCUGCCAUCCAGAGGUCACAGCAGUAUGAGGAGGCUGUUGACGCUGAGCUGACCUGGCUCGGGGAGACGGAGCGUAAGUUGGUGUCCUUAGGACCCCUCAGCCUGGAGCCGGACGUGACUGUGGCCCAGAUGCAGGUCCAGAGGGCCUUCAACAUCGACAUCAUCCGCCACAAAGACACCAUCGACCAGCUGAUCAACACCCGAGAGGACAUCCUGGAGACGUGCAGCGACCAGCAGAAAGACACGCUGAAGGUGAAGACCGACUCGCUGAGUGCGCGGUACGAGGCAGUGAGCCAGAGCCACUCGGAGCGGUUCUCUGCGCUGGAGCAGGCCCAGGUUCUGGUGGCCCGGUUCUGGGAGACCCACGAGGAGCUGGACCCCUGGCUGGGUGAAACUGAAGCGAUGAUCAGCCAGCUCCCCCCUCCAGCCAUCGACACCGAGGCCCUGCGUCAGCAACAGGACCAGAUGAGGCUGCUGAGGGAGUCCAUUGCUGAGCACAAGCCCCACAUCGACAAGCUUCUCAAGAUCGGCCCACAGCUGGCUGAGCUGAGCGCCCAGGAGGGGGCGACAGUGAGGCAGCGCUACACCAGCGCAGAGCAGCGCUACCAGGCCAUCAAGCAGGAGGUCAAAGGUCGGGCUGCUGCUCUGGACGAGGCCGUAUCUCAGUCCACUCAGCUGGUAGAGUUCCAUGAUAAGAUGGACCCCCUGCUGGAGACUCUGGAGGGGGCCGUGCAGAGGCUUAGGCUGCCCCCGCCGGUGGCCGCCGAGGUGGACAAGAUCCGGGAGCAGCUGGCCGAUCAUCGUGCCCAAGGGGUGGAGCUGGACAAACUGCUGCCCUCGUUUAGCGCCCUGUGUGCCCGCGGGGAGGAGCUGAUCACGCGCGCCUCACACAACGACCCUGCCGCUCAGGCGGUGCGUGCUCGUCUGCUGCGUCUCCGCUCUCUGUGGGAUGAGAUCCGUCAGCGGGCGGAGGAGCGCGAGGGCAAGCUGACGGACGUGCUGGACCUGGCCGGAAAGUUCUGGGCCGACAUGGCGGCGCUGCUCAGCACGCUCCGAGACUCGCAGGACAUCGUGAAGGAACUCGAGGACCCCGGCGUCGACCCGUCGCUUAUCAAACAGCAAAUCGAGGCGGCAGAGGCGAUAAAGGCAGAGACUGACGGUCUGAGGGAGGAGCUGGAGAUUGUGCGAACCCUCGGCGCUGACCUCAUCUUCGCCUGCGGAGAGACAGAGAAGCCUGAGGUCAAGAAGACCAUUGAUGAGAUGAAUGCGGCGUGGGAGGGCCUGAACCGCACGUGGCGCGAGAGAAUGGAACGGCUGGACGAGGCGAUGACCGCCUCAGUGCAGUACCAGGAUGCCUUGCAGGGCAUGUUUGACUAUCUGGACAACGCUGUGAUCAAGCUGUGCGAUAUGCCUCCGGUGGGGACAGACCUGAGCACUGUCAAACAGCAGAUAGAAGAACUCAAGCAAUAUAAAGUGGAGGUGUAUCAGCAGCAGAUCGACAUGGAGAAGCUUUGCCACCAGGGGGAGCUGUUGCUCAAGAAAGUGACGGACCAGACAGACAAAGACAUGAUCCAGGAGCCGUUGACUGAACUGCGCCACCUGUGGGACAACCUGGGCGAUAAGAUCACACUCAGACAGCACAAGCUGGAGGGCGCCCUGCUGGCCCUGGGACAGUUCCAGCACGCUCUCUCCGAGCUGCAGGCCUGGCUGAGCCACACUCACGCCACACUGGACACCCAGAGGCCCAUUGGCUCCGACCCCAAAGCCAUCGAGAUUGAGCUGGCCAAGCACCAUGUCUUGAGAAACGAUGUGCUGUCGCAUCGCUCCACGGUGGAGACGGUGAGCGGCGCUGGCUCGGAGCUGCUGGAGUCGAGCCCCGGGGACGAGGCCAGCCACCUGAGAGACCAGCUGGACGAGCUCAACUCCAGCUGGGCCCAGCUCCUCCUCAAGGCCGAGGAGAGACAGAAACUUCUGGAGGCCGCUCUGCAUCAGGCGGAGGGUUUCCAUGGUGAGCUGGAAGAGUUUCUGCAGUGGCUGCGGCGGACAGAAAGCCAGCUGUCUGCUGCCAAACCGACUGGAGGCCUUCCUGAGACGGCCCGCGAGCAGCUACAACAACACAUGGAGCUGCAGGAGCAGCUGAACCAGCGGGGUGAGAUGUACCACCGGCUACUGGACCAGGGCGAGUCCAUGCUCCUGGCCCGUGGCGGGGACGAUGGCGGACCCGGCGCCACCCAGACCCAGCAGAACCUGGCCAUGCUGCAGAACAAGUGGGCCAGCCUCAACACCAAGAUAGACGACAGAAGGGCUAAACUGGAUGAGGCGGUCUCACUGGCCACAGGCUUCCAGUCUUCUCUGCAGGACACCAUCAACUGGCUGACCCAAGCAGAACAGACCCUUAACAUGGCCCAGCCCCCCAGCCUCAUUCUGGACACCGUGCUCUUCCAGAUCGAUGAACACAAGGUGUUUGUGAAUGAGGUGAACACCCAUCGUGAGCGGGUUCUGGCCCUGGAGAAAGCCGGCUCUCAGCUUCGUUUCGCCAGCCUGAAGCAGGACGUGGUUCUGAUCAAGAACCUCCUCCUGAGCGUGCAGGCCCGCUGGGACAAGCUGGUGCAGCGGUCGCUGGACCGGGGCCGACACCUGGACGAGGCCCGCAAGAGGGCCAAACAGUUCCAUGAGGCCUGGAGGAAGCUGUCGGACUGGCUGGAGGAGGCAGAGAGCAGGCUGGACUCCGAGCUGGAGAUCUCCAACGAGCCCGACAAGAUCAAAGUGCAGCUGGCCAAGCACAAGGAGUUCCAGAAGGCUCUGGGCUCCAAGCAGCCGGUGUACGACACCACGGUGCGCUCGGGCAGGGCCAUGCGUGACAAGGCCUCCCUCGCCGACGACACCCAGAAGCUGGACCACCUGCUCGGGGAGGUGCGGGACAAGUGGGACACCGUCUGUGGCAAGAGUGUGGAGAGGCAGCACAAGCUGGAGGAGGCGCUGCUGUUCUCAGGUCAGUUCGCAGAGGCUCUGCAGGCGCUAGUGGACUGGCUCUAUCGGGUUGAGCCGCAGCUCAGUGAGGACCUAUUUGUGCACGGAGACCUGGACCUGGUCACCAAUCUCAUGGACUCGCACAAGGCCUUCCAGAAGGAGCUGGGAAAGAGGACGAGCAGCGUCCAAGCGCUGAAGCGCUCCGCCCGCGAGCUCAUGGAGACCGGCCGGGAUGACACCGCCUGGGUCAAAGUUCAACUGCAGGAGCUUAGCAACCGCUGGGACACAGUGUGUGCGUUGUCCGUCAGCAAGCAGACCCGUCUCCAACAGGCCCACAAGCAGGCUGAAGAGUUCCGGGUGGCGGUGCAGAGCCUGCUGGAGUGGCUAUCGGAGGCGGAGCAGACACUGCGUUUCCGCGGCGUGCUGCCCGAGGACGUGGAGACGCUGCAGGUGCUCCUGCGCGGCCACCGGGAGUUCAUGCAGACGGUGGAGGACAAGCGGACCGACGUGACGCGCGCCGCCGGCAUGGGCGAGGCCAUCCUGACCGUCUGCCACCCUGACUGCAUCACGACUAUCAAACACUGGAUCACCAUCAUCAGGGCGCGCUUCGAGGAGGUGCUGACGUGGGCCAAACAGCACGAGCAGCGUCUGGACACCGCACUGAAGGAGCUGCAGCACAACGCAUCGCUGCUGGAGGAGCUGUUGUCAUGGCUACAGUGGGCAGAGACCACUCUGGUUCAGCGGGACACGGAGCCCCUCCCUCAGGACAUCCCUCAGCUGAAGUCACUAAUCACAGAGCACCAGGUGUUUAUGGAGGAGAUGACUAGGAAGCAGCCUGAUGUUGAUCGUGUCACCAAAACGUACAAGAGGAAACCAUCCGACACCCCCAGCAGCCUGGCAGAGAGGAGGGGAACUCGUAAACACCAGCAGCAGCAGCAGCAGCAGCAGCCCGCGGUGCAGGUGGCGGGGGGCAACCCUCGGCUCACUCAACUGUGCUCGCGCUGGCAGCAGGUGUGGCUCCUGGCCCUCGACCGCCAGCGGAAACUCAACGACGCCCUCGACAGGCUGGAAGAGCUCAAGGAGUUUGCCAACUUUGACUUUGAUGUGUGGCGGAAGAAGUACAUGCGCUGGAUGAACCAUAAGAAGUCCCGUGUUAUGGACUUCUUCAGACGCAUUGAUAAGGACCAGGACGGCAAGAUCACACGGCAGGAGUUCAUUGAUGGCAUCCUGGCCUCAAAAUUCCCCACCAGUAAGUUGGAGAUGUCUGCAGUGGCUGACAUCUUUGACCGGGAUGGUGACGGCUACAUCGACUACUAUGAGUUUGUGGCAGCGCUGCACCCCAACAAAGACGCCUACCGGCCGACCACCGACGCAGAUAAGAUUGAGGAUGAGGUCACCAGGCAGGUGGCACAGUGUAAGUGUGCCAAGAGGUUCCAGGUCGAGCAGAUCGGAGAGAACAAGUACAGGUUCUUCCUUGGAAACCAGUUUGGGGACUCCCAGCAGCUGCGUCUGGUGCGGAUCCUCCGCAGCACCGUCAUGGUGCGUGUGGGAGGAGGCUGGAUGGCUCUGGAUGAGUUCCUGGUCAAGAAUGACCCGUGCCGAGUGCAACAUCCUGGACUUAAAAUCCUUCGCUCCGACUCCAGCAGCUCCAUCUCAUCUCGUCUAGUGACAGUCACUCCUGGCUAUUUCUGCUGCAGAGCUCGGGGGCGUACCAAUCUGGAGCUGCGGGAGAAGUUCAUCCUUCCCGAGGGGGCCACGCAGGGCCUGGCGGCGUUCCGCUCGCGGGGCCGCCGCUCCAAGCCUUCGUCCCGCAACGCGUCUCCGACGCGCUCCUCUUCCUCGGCUUCCCAGAGCGCCCAGAGUUGUGCCUCUCUGCCCUCUGCACCCGCCACCCCCACCGCCUCCUCCAGGUCGUCCCAAUCUCACUCACGGGGCUACGCCAAGCCCUGGCUGGCACACAGUAAAACGCCAGCACCCACCAAGUGCCAGUCCUGUCCAGAUCACACUGCCCACACCCCAGGGCAAGAGGGAGCAGCAUCGUCCAAACUACGGCGUCCGGCAUUCCACUCCAGCCGCGGGUCACUGACGGGAGAGAACGGAGGAGCCACACCUGCAUCCAAGGGACGCCCAGACUCCAAGCGCACCCCGUCCUCCGCCAGCGGACCGGCCAGCCGGGCAGGGAGCCGUGCCGGGAGCCGCGCCAGCAGCCGGAGGGGCAGCGACGCGUCGGACGCCUCGGAGCUCCUGGAGACGCGCUCGGCCUGCUCCGACACCUCGGACACGCCGCGCCGGCCCGGCAGCAGCAAGCCCUCCAAGAUCCCCACCAUCUCCAAGAAGGCGCCCAGCCCCAAGACGCCCGCCGGGAAGAAGUAGCAGGGGGCGCCACUCUUUCAGUCCCAACCCCGAGAGAGGGACAAGCAAGGCCCCCCAGCACAUACACUUCAACAAGUACACACACACACACACGCAAUGCGCCGCGAGGAGGAUAGCCAGCUACGGUGGCCCGGAGAGUUCAGCACACACAAGGCCGGGGCCAGACAUCCGUGAACUGUUCCCUAACCAGACCCAGUCUGCCCCCCCCCUCCCCUCACCCUCUCCUCCUCCACUCAUGCGGAAGACGGGGAGAGGAUGCUGCUGCUCCGUGACACCCCCCCGCCCGCCGCUCUGAACGGUAGAACCACAGGAUGCUGCCUUAUUUGUGUCUCUCAUUGUCCUUACUUUUGAUCCGUCGUCCUUACUUAACACCUUACACACCUUUUUUUUUUGUUUUUGUUUCCCCUUUGAGCGGGUUACUAAUUCUUCAGCACAUGCACUUGGACUAUCUGCCUGUCACACACAGACACACACACACACAGCAACACACACAACUGUACACUACCCUACAGCACAACUGGUCCAGGACUAUCCGGGGUAGAGGGAAGGACAGUGGGUGAUCCUCUGUUUGACCGAUUGAUCCAUGAACUGGCUGAUCCAGAGGACUGGAGUCUUGGUGUGUGACCAGCAUCUGAAUGCAAAGACCCAUUGCAGGACUACAGAACCAGCCCACAGGAAGGGAGGAGAAGUACCUCACACCACAGGGACAUGACAGGGUCCAUUAUAUAUCCAUAUGGUGGUGUUGUUAAUGAGUUAUGUGGAAAAAAAACAAACAAACAAGAAAACAAAAACAAUGGACAGAUGCACGUAAGCUGGGGGUUUUGUGGGAAUCUGUGCACAUGGCUUAACACAGCAUACAUACACACACACACACACGCACACACACUGAGUGUUCCAAAACCCUGUCGUGAUCAGACUAAAUCAACAUGUUUCCCAUGUUUCCCAACGUUCCAAUCGUGUGUGUGUGUGUGUGUGUGUGUGUGUAUUCGGUUGUGUUCAAACCAAACUCCAGAAGCCCAACAGACUGCGCCCCUCUGUCUCAUAGACACACAGGGGACAACACACACGCCGCCAUUCACCUUUGACCCUCCGGUGUUGUCAUGGUAACCCAUGUGCUCAUGUGUUUGUUUUAACUCUGCUUCCUCCUCACAAGUUACAGAAAUGUCUUUUAAUGUUGUUACGUCACUUCACAGUAUGCAAAAAUGAAUUAAUUGUUAAUGUCUCUUUUUUUCUGAUUAAUUUAUAAUCCUAUUGUAUUUGUUUCUGUUCCUUCCUCUAGUAUAAGAAAAUGUGUAUUUAUUUUUCCGUACAGGAUCAUAUCACCUUUUGAGAGUGACUAGUAUUAAAACAACUCUGAUAAUAAUGAUGAUGAUGACGAUGAUAAAGACUUUUUAAAAACCCAGGAGACUGCCUCUCCUAGAGUAGUUUACUUGAUCAUGUUUUUUUUUGUGGUUUAACUGACAAGGAAGUUGACCGAUUCCAGUGGUGGCCUUCUUCACCUAUGACUACAAAUCCCAGAUCCUGUCUAAAAGUGGCUUCCUACUGUGUGUAGGUACAACAGCAUCUUGAGACAUGAAUGAGGAGGACCUCAGGGGGGUGAUGGGAUAGAGUUGGGGCUCUGCUCGACCCCCACCCGACCCCCUCAGCUGCCUCCCCUUGAUAGGCUCUUCAAAUUGUCUUCGUCGUUGACAAACAUUGCUCCUCCGUUUGUCAUUAAUGAGAAAUGUAUGGCAAGUCUGAGAGUGAGCAAUACCUUAAGGUGGUUCGUAUUUAUUUAUUGUUCCUAGGAAGGAAGGAGGAGCUAUCGAAGGGAUCUACCUUUUGAUUGUGUCACUGUCUGUGUAACAUGAAAUUGAGCGUGGGGGAGGGAGGGGGGGGGGGUGACAUUGUGUAAAAGAAAAAAAAAUAAGAUUAUAAAACCUUUUUUUGUUCUUUUGUAUUAAAAUAAUGCUUGCAGUAAAAUAUCA